AUGUUUACUCAACAUUUGCAUCUUGCAUUAUUUGACAUAAAAGUCAAAUCACAUCAUAAGAAUUUGUACCUAAUCAAGGGAAGUGAGUACGAUGUUGAGAAUUUAUUGUUUGAGGGCAGCGUCAAGUUGUCGUUAAAGGAAGACAUACAUAUCAAAAGGAUUAAGUUGGGUCUUGUGGGGGAAUUUUACUAUGAAUAUUCUCUGAAGGAAACUCAUGAUCAAUACUUGGAUCGUUUGUGUGUGUUGAAAGUAAACUGGGAUAAUUUACUCACUGAUGAUGACGGAAAGAUAUCGUUUGGGAACUACGGCGAUGGAACGAUACCUUUGUACAAAAUGAAAAAGGGAAGCACUAGCGAUAAAAAUUCAGUUUCAGGAUCCGGAAGCAAUUCAGGGGCAUCUACUCCUAGACCACAAUAUGGAAGGACCAAGUCGACUCCAAUGUUAAAUUCAUUUGGGGCUAAAGAUUCCUCAAAAAUCAUUCAGAUUCCCAAAUCAGGCAUCGAUGGAACUCCAUUCAAAGAAUUAAAGGACGAGUCAGGCCAUUCGUUCUUAUUGCCUAAGGGAAAUUAUAGCUUACCAUUCAAAGUUUACUUACCUGCCAAUGUUUGUGAGACUGUUGAAGGGUUGCCUAUAGGAACCUUGUUGUACAAGUUGCAAUGUUCUAUAGAAAGAGGAAGGUUUGAAAAGUCACAUCAAACAAGCAAGCAUGUCAGGAUAGUUCGUACAUUACAUCCACGAAAUAUGAAUUUGCUCGAUUCUAUUGAUGUGGAUAACACCUGGGUGGGCAAGCUUCAGUAUUGCGUCAGCAUGCCGAAGAAAGCUAUCGCGAUAGGCUCUACAGUUCCUAUACAUAUCACAAUAAUUCCAAUAGCUAAGGGUUUAAGUUUGAAGGCCAUAAAUGCUUGCAUUGUCGAACAUUAUCACAUUCAAGUCGGCAAUCAAAGGUCACCCGAGUACGAAAGAUUGUGCGGCAAACAGGAGCUCACAAUCCCCAGUAAUGCGGAUUUGGAAUAUGAUCGGUGGGUGAUAAAGACACACUUUAAGGUUCCUGAUCAUUUGAGACAACUAUCACAGAGUUGUGAUGUAAAGAAUAGUAUGAUUGUUGUGAAACAUAGACUAAGAGUUGCUAUUCAACUAAAGAACAAGGCAGGACAUACAAGCGAAUUAAGGGCAAAUUUGCCUGUUUUUGUUUACUUGAGUGCCAAUGUUGGGCAUGUUGUCGGUAGACAUUACGAUAUAGACAAUCAUCAUGGAACAUUCCAAUUGGAUUACAAGAAGGAGGAUGUUUUAUUUCACAAAAGGGACUCUGCACCAGCCACUCCAGCUGUGUCUGAUGAUGAGUAUGAAGAUGAAUAUAAUACAGAUGAGGAAACAGAUAAUGACUUGGAUAGAGAAGAAAGUGCACCCCCACUUUAUGAAAAGCAUGUUUUCGAUAAGAUCUUUGAUAUGAACUUGCCCCAAACACCAUUUGAACAACUCAGGUCACAAACUGGAUCCCCAAUUGGAUCCACCAACAAUUCAACAACUAAUCUUGAUGGGUACUUUGAUAUGCCAAUACAGAAAGCAUUUGACCUCAACAAGAAAAAGAUGGCAAGAAAGAAUAAAAGUGUCGAUUUUUCUCACAUUCCUUCAUACAACGAGGCUAUGGAUGAUGAUGAUGAUGACGAUAGUUAUAUUCAAGAUGGAUUUGCACCAAGCUAUUCUGAUGGUAGCGGCAGCGAAGAUGCGAGAUCGAGGUCAGGAUCGUCAACCCCAAAUAAAAUUAUGUCUAGUAGUAGACAUAACAUGAGUACAGGCCAUUUGAAAAUCCCUAUGGGUAGCAAAUCUGCAUCACAUUCGAGGUCUAAUUCUGGUAUCAGAUUGGAUAAAUUGGGCUCCGAUUUUGGGUCACCAAAAUUGACCAACAAGUUGUUUAAAAGGAAAGAAAAGUGA